AUGAUAUCGAAUACACUGGAAAUUCCAAAUUCAAAAGAAAACACACGAUUUCGAAAGAAAAGCAACUGCAACGAAUCUGAAUCAUGAGUCGAUUCCAGCGAAUGCUGGGCAUGAAAAGGAAUAUCGCUACCAAGCGUGUACAAUUAUAAGCUACGGAUAUUAGCUGUAACAUGAAAUAUGUGUGGGGCUGGCAUCCCACCUGACAUCAGUGACAUUAUAAAUACAGACGCAAUGCAUCAUUUAUAUAUAUUCAGUACCCAAGAGUGUCUUAGGUCUAUCGCCAUGUCUCUCAUGUAUUCAAAUAAAAGCGCAUGAGAGAAGAAAAUAAAAAACGCCUUGGGUUCUGACUAUUACCUAGUAGCUUCCAAAACACUUGGAGCUUCCCAUUUAGCGAUUUUUGGUCACAAAUCUCUAAAACAUUUUAUUUACAACGUUGAGACCUCUUCACUAUCAACAGGAUUUUUUAAUAUGAUCUCCAAUAAAGGAGGCAUAGGAAUUUCAAUGAAUAUUUUAUCAAAAAAAUUAUUAUUCAUUGGGUGUCAUAUUAUAUCUGGUCAAGAUAAAGUUUCCAAAAGAAACAAAGAUUUAAAUCUGAUAGAAAAAAAAUUCUCAACGAACAUGGAGGCAGACUGUACUAUAUUAUUGGGAGACCUUAAUUACAGAAUCAGCGGGCAUAUUGAAGCUAUUGAUUAUUUUAUAUCUGAAGGGCUUAAUAGAAAAUUAAAGCCUAUGGACCAACUGAGAAAUGAAAUGCACCUUGGAAAUGUGCUACCAGGAUAUGCUGAAGGGGAAAUUGAAUUUCCUCCGACUUAUAAGUAUAAAAUAGGCUCAGGUCAGUUGGAUACGCAGAAUGAAAGAAUUCCUUCAUGAACUGACAGAAUUAUGUAUAAAGAUGUAGUUGGGAUAUUAAAGCAAAAAUCUUAUAACUCGAUACACUCUAAUGUGGUAUCUGACCAUAAGCCAGUUUUUAGUCAAUUUGUACUCAAGAUUUAA